AUGCAUCGCUGCCAGAGGAGAGUCGAGGCCUUGCAAGCUGCAGCAGGAGAUGCGUUCUCGGCCGCCGUCCAGCGUUGCUCGCCGAAGCCGUUCUCCAAAUUUCUUACAGAGCCCAAUUGGACACUGAUUGGACAGGAAAAAAAAAUCUUUUUUUCCUCUGCAGACCCUGUACAGAUAACGUGGCUUGGUAGAGUUUGUGGUGUUGUGGCGAAAAAGCGACAAUGCGCGUUGGUCGGGCGCUUUUCGCCCUCGAUCGGGGUUUACUCAAAGAUCUAUUGCCGUAUCGGAUCCGAGCACAGCAGAGAGGCAAAACCUGGGGUUGCACUUCUGUCGCUGCAUCUGCAACCAGGCGAUCAAGGCCAAACGAUCGAAGCUGGACUGGACAAAGCUCUCUCCGAAGAGGAGGACAGUAUCUUUGAAGCUCUCCCCGCCACUAUGCAGCGCAGACCAGCUAGUCUCACCCCGAGCGCAGCAGAGACACGACGGUGA